AUGGCAAGAGGAAACAAGUCACAUGUCACAGGAAACUUUCAAUCUCUCACUUAUCUCAGGUCACUUACAACCGGCGAAGCCAUGAGUUUAAUCCAAACAUCCAAGACAACUGCACGAUCAUUUUCCACAAAGCACCUGAAGCCUCACAUACAUGAAACCACUUCAAAGAAACCUUCAACACCAAUCAGAACGAAUUUAAGCAAGAUCGCCUGCAAUAGGUUGCAGAAGGAGCUUUCUGAGUGGCAAUUAAAUCCUCCCACUGGAUUUCGCCACAAAGUUACUGAUAAUCUCCAAAAAUGGAUAAUUGAUGUUACCGGAGCUCCGGGAACGCUUUACGCGAACGAGACUUAUCAGCUUCAGGUUGAUUUUCCCGAACAUUACCCUAUGGAAGCGCCGCAGGUAGUUUUUGUUCCUCCGGCACCGUCACAUCCACAUAUUUACAGCAAUGGACAUAUUUGUUUAGAUAUUCUAUAUGACUCAUGGUCACCAGCAAUGACGGUGAGCUCAGUCUGCAUCAGCAUUCUCUCGAUGCUAUCGAGUUCACCUGCAAAGCAACGUCCUGCGGAUAAUGACCGUUACGUGAAGAACUGUAAGAAUGGGAGGUCUCCUAAGGAGACGAGGUGGUGGUUCCAUGACGACAAGGUUUGA